AUGAGAAGUCCUGUCCAGUCAACUGCAGCUAACAAUAUUCUUAAGAAAGCUUCCCAACUCCUCAUCCAAGAAAGAAUCCGUCACCAUCGUAAGACCAAAGCCAUCGCCCUCAACACCAUAGCUAACCAACAAGAACAACUCCAGACCAUCCUGAGCCCCGACAACUACAACACCCUUAGACAGCUACAGAACCAAUCCAACCACAACCUUGAUGAUGCCACUAAGAAGACCCACAUAACGAAACUGAACAGCCUCGUGCCCAACGGACCUAUCACCAAACGCCAACCACGUGAUGAUUACCUCAAUAAAAUCAAUCUCAGCAGCAGGACCCUCAGCGAUGAGGACAGAGCUGUACUUUCAAAAGGCUUGAAUUUUGCACCUUCGCCUCGCCAGCACAACGACACGUUCAUCGCCAAUAUUGAGAAAGGUUUACAGCAGUUUGCCCCUGGAGGUAAGGUAGACUAUCUGAGACACCAGAUAGCCAACAUUCUGGUAAAGAAAAACAAUACAAAUGCCAAAAUAAAAGAUAACUUGUCCAAAGCUAACAAGGCAGCCCUUAAACAAUUGCAGUCUGACCCAGCUAUCACCAUCGCACCAGCAGACAAAGGAAGAGCCACUGUCAUCAUGGACACCACAGCCUUCACCACCCUAACCAACAACAUCCUGAACGACCCCGCCACCUACAAGCAGCUGAAGAAAGACCCAACCAACAGCCUCCAACGUGACCACAAAGCCCACCUCAAGGAACUCCGUGACAACAACGAGAUAGGCCCCACUCUUCAUAAGCAGCUCACAGUCCCUCAUCCACGACCACCCUAUGCCCGCGCUACCAUUAAAAUACACAAAGACCCCAUCAAGGCCCGCCUACUAGUCUGCUCCAGAAACACCGUCAACUACAACACCGCCCAACACAUUGCCCGUCUCUUCGCCCCCCUUGGUAAAUCAGCCAAAUCCUUUGUCUCCGACUCCGCCGAAUUCUGCACCAAGAUCAGUGCAAUCACCCAGCCCGGCAAACUAAUUAGCUAUGACGUCGUAGACCUUUUUACCAAUGUACCCAGAGAGGAAGCCCUUACCAUCAUUCGGAAAAGACUCCAAGACCUCCACCCUGACCUAGACACCCACCUCAGCAUUGACAGUAUAAUCCGCCUCAUCAACUCCUGCAUCAGCUCAACCUACUUUACCUGGUCAGAUAAGAUUUACCAGCAAACCAAUGGGCUACCUAUGGAUUCUCCUCUCUCCCCUAUCAUCACUGAGAUAUACAUGACAGAACUAGAAGACAAGGCCCUGCUGACAUCAAUCAUUGCACCAAUUUGCUGGUAUAGAAAAGUAGAUGACACCUUCGUAGUUCUCAACCCCAACGACAACCCAGAACACCUCCUCAACCACAUGAAUUCCCAACAUCCCCGUAUGCGGUUCACAAAGGAAGAAGAAUCUGACAACAAGCUCCCUUUCCUCGACGUCCUAGUAAAGAAAGAAGACAACAAGCUCUCCACUACUGUGUACAGGAAACCCACCAAUACCUUCACUUUAUCUCCAACCACCCGCUACAGGUUAAGAAACGCAUCAUAUCCACUCUCACCCGGAGAGCUAAGAACAUCUGCUCUAGAAUCCGAACUUAACCACAUCCGCCAUGUCUUCGUCCAUUAUAACCAGUACCCCCAGAAGCUAGUCAACAAUAUCAUCACAACCACCCUCAACCCAAGAGAUAAACCACCCCGCCGGCAAUCAGCACCCUUUGUAAUAAGUAUCCCGUAUGUCCCAGCAGUCAGCCACCAGAUAAGACGACUCCUUCAGCAGCAACCAAGCAUAGACGUCCUGUUCCAAAAAGGCAAAUCCAUCCAGAACCUCCUCCAAGCCACAGGAUGCGAUGCAUCUCAAGGCAUCCAAGCCGAGACAACAGUAUUUACUUACUUCCUGCUCUGUUACAACGUCACAGAAUAA